AUGUCUGACGAGGAAACUGAACAAGUCGAGGAGCAAUACGAAGAGGAAGAGGAGGCCCAGGAAGAAGAAGUCCAGGAGGAAGCCCCCGAACCAGAGGAAGUCCAAGAAGAUGCUGUCGCCGAGGAGGAGCAGGAGGAGGACGAGGAAGAGGAGAAACCAAGACCCAAACUUACUGCUCCUAAGAUUCCAGAAGGAGAGAAAGUAGACUUCGAUGAUAUCCAGAAAAAGCGUCAGAACAAGGACCUCAUGGAGCUCCAGGCCCUCAUCGACAGCCACUUUGAGGCUAGAAAGAAAGAGGAAGAGGAGCUGAUUGCACUCAAGGAGAGAAUCGAGAAGCGCCGUGCAGAGAGGGCUGAGCAGCAGAGAAUCCGUGCUGAGAAAGAGCGGGAACGCCAGAACAGACUGGCGGAGGAGAAGGCUAGAAGAGAGGAGGAAGAUGCCAAGAGGAGAGCUGAGGAUGACAUGAAGAAGAAAAAGGCACUGUCUUCCAUGGGCGCCAACUACAGCAGCUACCUGGCCAAGGCUGACCAGAAGAGAGGCAAGAAGCAGACAGCCAGGGAAAUGAAGAAGAAGAUUCUUGCAGAAAGACGCAAGCCUCUGAACAUCGACCAUCUUAGUGAUGAUAAGCUGAGGGAUAAGGCCAAGGAACUCUGGGAUACCCUGUACCAACUGGAGACUGACAAAUUUGAGUUUGGGGAGAAGCUGAAACGCCAAAAAUAUGAUAUCAUGACUGUCCGGGCCAGAGUGGAGAUGCUGGCCAAGUUCAGCAAGAAGGCUGGUGCCACAGCCAAGGGCAAAGUUGGUGGGCGCUGGAAGUAA